AAAAAGCAGCAAAAAUAGGAGCGAAACAUGAGAGGCGUGUGGAGAUGCGAGCCCUACAUAAGCAUUAAACACAGGCAGCUGCGUUACAGCAGGGUGAGACAUCCCAGAGCGGUGCCAAUAACCUCAGUCCAGCAGCAAGUGGCACCCAGCGCCCUCCUGCCUCACCUGAGCUACUGGCCCGUCCCACACAGCUCACCUCAACAACUCUGCUUUGGACCAUACCAUUUCCCUUCGGAUAGGAGGCGAUUACAAGUUUCUUUGCCGUUUCUGUGGACCCUUUUUUUUUUUUUCAGCAAUGAAAAAGAUUCUGUUGGUGCAGUGGAUGCUACUUUUUGCGCUAGCUAUGCUUAUUCUGGAAAGCGACGCUAAGUUUGGGGAAAAGAGUGAGACUGUCACGAGGAGAAGAAGGUGCCUAAAUGGGAGCCCCCCGAGCCGUGUGAAAAAGCGACACAGAAAAUUACAGACUUUGGAUCUAGGGGGAGCUGGAGAGGGGUGCGGGGGCUUUUAUCCCCGACUCUCGUGUUGCCCCAAACCUGACAUCCCUGGAAUGCCAAUGGACAAUAAGAUAUUGUCUGUCGCCAACAACACAGAAUGUGCAAAGCUUGUGGAAGAAAUUCAGUGUGCCCACUGCUCACCCCAUGCUCAGAAUCUCUUCCAUGCAAGUGACAAAUCAGAAACACCAGAGAAGCAACUCUUCCUUCCUGCCUUGUGCAAGGACUAUUGCAAGGAAUUCUACUACACAUGCCGAGGCCAUAUACCAGGUUUAAUUCAAACUUCAGCAGAUGAAUUUUGCUUUUACCACGGCAUUAAGGACAGUGGACUAUGCUUCCCAGACUUUCCAAGGAAGCAGAUACGUGGGCCAGCGUCAAACUACUUGAAUCAGAUGGAAGAUUAUGACAAAGUGGAAGAGAUCAGCAGCAAACAUAAGCACAAUUGCUACUGUAUCCAGGAGGUUGUGAGAGGCUUAAAACAACCGGUUGGUGCAAUGCAUAGUGGAGAUGGAUCACAACGACUCUUCAUACUUGAGAAGGAAGGCUAUAUAAAGAUUCUUACACCUGAAGGAGAUCUGUUAAGGGAACCUUUCUUGGACGUACAUAAAGUGGUCCAAAGUGGAAUCAAGGGAGGAGAUGAAAGAGGGCUGCUAGGACUUGCAUUUCAUCCCAAUUAUAAGAAAAAUGGAAAGCUGUAUGUGUCGUACACCACCAACCAAGAGAGAUGGGCCAGCGGACCUCAUGACCACAUUCUUCGUGUUGUGGAAUACACAGUAUCUAGGAAAACCUCAAGCCAGGUUGAUGUAAGAACAGAGAGAGUUUUCCUAGAGGUGGUAGAGCUUCACAGAAAGCACCUGGGAGGACAACUCUUGUUUGGUCCAGAUGGCUUCUUGUAUAUUUUCCUUGGAGAUGGAAUGAUAACUAUUGAUGAUAUGGAGGAAAGGGAUGGCUUAAGUGACUUUACAGGCUCAGUCCUACGAGUAGAUGUAGACAUUGACGGGUGUAGUGCUCUUUAUUCAAUACCAAGAAGUAAUCCUCAUUUCAAUAGUACUAAUCAACCCGCUGAAAUCUUUGCACAUGGGCUUCACAAUCCAGGCAGAUGUACAGUGGAUCAUCAUGCCAAAGACAGCAAUAUGAAUAUGACUAUGCUUUGCUCAGAUUCAAGCACUAAAAACAGAUCAUCUGCAAGAAUUUUACAGAUUGUUAAAGGGAAAGAUUAUGAAAAUGAUCCUCCCCUUUUGGAAUUCAAACCACUGAGCAGUGGACAUAUGGCUGGAGGAUUUGUAUAUAGAGGCUGUCAGUCAGAGAGACUGUAUGGAAGCUAUGUGUUUGGAGAUCGCUAUGGUAAUUUUGUAACACUUCAUCAGAACCCAGUUACAAAGCAUUGGCAGGAGAAACCCCUCUGUCUGGGCAGUGGAUCUUCCUGCAGAACUCCCUUUACAGGACACAUACUGGGGUUUGGAGAAGAUGAAUUAGGUGAAGUUUACAUUCUGUCAAGCAGUAAAAGCAUGACCCACUCACACAGUGGGAAAAUCUACAAAAUUAUUGAUCCAAAAAGACCAACAGUUCCAGAAGAAUGCAGACGUCCAAUAAUGGCUGCACAGCCACUCGCUUCUGAGUGCUCCCGCAACUGCCGAAAUGGACACUGCACACCAACCGGAAAAUGCUGCUGUAGUCAAGGAUGGGAAGGAGAGUUCUGCAGAAUUGCAAAAUGCGAACCAGAGUGUCGGCAUGGAGGCGUCUGCGUGAGACCAAACAAGUGUUUAUGUAAAAAAGGAUACUUGGGCCCACAGUGUGAGCAAAUGGAUAGAAACGUCCGGAGAGUGGCCAGGGCAGGCUGAUACCACCUCAUGCCUAUACUUUCACCAUCCAUAGAGGAAAUAUGGCUUUAUCUCCCACCUGCCCCUUGGCCUCAGGCCUUCACCCUCCUGGCUGCACUAACUUGUACCCAGCAAAUAGGAAAUGUCCCUGAAUUACAAUGUUGAUUUUCCUGUUAUGUAUUUGAGAUGUAAAUGAUGUUGCUUUAUAACUGGGAUCCUUAACUUAUGGUUUUCUAUUCAUAUUAUGGUCGGUUUCCAUGAUUCCCCAAUGACUUUUAUUUUCUAAUAAGUGAGACUAAUAAUGGAUUCAAAACCUUAGAUUGCAAAGGUCAUUCCCCAACUGCUCUUGGGUAGCACACACAUUUAUUAUGGGGGGUCAGUACAGAUAAGUGUGGAAUAAACUGAUUUAGCACCACAGUUCUUUGUAACAUAUUUCCCAUCACAAGUUGUAAUCAUGUUACCAAACAAACAAUAUCUGGUUCCAUUUUUAGACCUGGUCUGUGAGAGUUGGCAAUAUGAAUGCUCAAAAUGAAAAGGCAUUAGCAUUAUUCCCUAUGGGAUGUUAAUAAAUUUGAUAGCUGCUUGAGCUCUAUGUAUGACUUAAGGAAAAAUUUCAUUGGGUCCUUAAUUGCCCUUUAAGAUCUAUUCAAACCAAAAAAAAAAUACUAAUUGUGCCAAACCUCCAAAGACACGCCUUUAAUAAUAAUACUAACAGGCUUUUAAACUCUGUGUACAUUCAGUGUAAAUCCUGUUUUAUAUUUCACUUAACAAAAAUAUGGUGGAACCAAUAACAAUUCGAGACAAAAUAAUAAUAGUGUGAGUGUCUGGUGAGUGCUGUCGAUUUAGAAAAAAGACAGACGAGAUUUGGAGAGAUUAGUCGCCUGGCGACAAAUCACCUCUUCUUCGGACAACUAAUCUCCCUGAACUGCCUCC